AGAAGUUUUGUAGUCCUGAUGCAGUUCUGAAGCUGUGAGCAGAUGAUUCAUUGGACAGAAUGGCUCUACGAGAGGCAACACUUUUAGGAAUAAUUAUUGUAUUCUCAGGCCACAUUCAUUCUGCGUUUACUGCUCAAAAUGUGUGUAAGACAUAUGGCAGCGGCAUCUUUUAUACAUUCAACCAAACUGCAUUUCAUCUGAAGACCACAUGUCCUGUAACGCUUACACGCUUCAGUCAUGCUGGAGUGGACUGUCAUAUCAUCGUCCAGCGUGGACCGAAUGGCCUGAUGGACAGAGUGGAGAUCAUUGUGAAUAAAGUCACGACUCUCGUUCACAAUAACACCGUGUCAGUGGAAGGCAGCAGAAUUUCCCUUCCGUACGACCACACAUAUCAGCACGUGUUUCAGUAUGGAAUCUAUACCAGGCUCCAAAGCAAAGUUUUGCCAUUGUCUGUCACAUGGUACAGUGUAGAUAAUGGUGCCAGUUCACUUUGGAUUCAGCUAAACCAGGAUUUAGUGGAGGGUAUGAGUGGACUUUGUGGUUACAAGAACAGCUCAGAAACUAUGCAGCAGCUGAUAUCCACCAAUGUCUUCUCUGAUGGCCAAUGCCUGACACAAGAUUCUGUUGCGCAGGCAAACACAGUGUGUCAAAGUGUUUUUUCCCAUGCUACCGAAUGUCUGGGUGCUAAAUAUCAAACCUACAUGAAGCUGUGCUACAAAAAUAUGAAUGGAUUAUGGCAUAAGGAAUCAAACUGCUCCUUUUUUAAAGAGCUCUCACUUAUUUGCGGGAGCUCCAGUCCAGUGUGGUCAGUGUGGAGAUCAAAAAGCAGCUGCUCCCAACCUCAAUGUCCUGGAGACCUGCAUUAUGUAGAGAUGGGUCCUGCUUUCCCGCCAACCUGCAGCAACCCACAGAAUCACACCACGGAACUUACCAGCACCUGCCUGCCUGCUGAAGGAAAGGUCUUGAAUGAUCGCAUUGAUGGUUACCAUUCCAUCUAUGUGGAGGAAUGUUCAUGUGUGCAUGCAAAGAUAAUGUAUGCACCAAGGCAGGAACGCAAAACAAAGUGCCAGACCUGUACCUGCAUCAGAGGAAACUGGGCAUGUUCUGCAAACACAUGUCCAGCUAAGUGUAUUAUUGAGGGCCAGUUCAUCACUACAUUUGAUGGCAAACAGUAUUCUGUGCUAGACAAAUGCACCUUUGUGGCUGCAAUGGGGCUUAACUGGACAUUGAACAUUCAAUAUUCCGGACGUGGUGUUGUCAUAGAAAAGGCAUAUCUUAAUAUCAACCAGGAAAGAUAUACCUUCUCUGCAAACAGCAUACAAUUGAACAACAUAGAAAUCAGUGACUUAUCACAGACUGAGUCUACCACAGUCUUUUGGCAAUCUUCAAUGUUCGUUCAAGUUCAAACUUCAUUUGGCCUGAAAAUGCAAGUUCAAGUCUCUCCAGAAAUUCAAAUAUAUUUGAAUUUACCACCAACUGUAAACACUAAAGGUCUUUGUGGAACUUUUAAUAAUGACUCAGGCGAUGACUUCACUACUUUUAGUGGCAUCAUAGAAAGUUCAGUUCAGCUUUUUACCCAGUCCUGGUCAAUGGGCACUUGUACCCCAAUUACUGGAUGCAUCAACACUGACAAUGAGAUAUUUGCUGAGGAGAACUGUGACCAACUGAAAGAUCCAGAAGGGGUGUUUGCUGUGUGUCAUGAUUACGUACCCGUUUCACCCUUUGUCGAGGCUUGUAUAAAAAGAACCUGUCAGUGCUCUGCUGCAUUACAGGACUGUUUAUGUGUCUCCUUCGGCAACUACGCAAAAGCCUGUGCAACAAAGGGAAUCAUUGUUGGGGACUGGAGAUCAGAAACAAACUGCAUUCCUUCGUGCAUGGGCAAUCUGAGGUUUGCUUAUGCCACAUUGGCAUGUAACCAUACCUGCCGUUCUCUCUCGGGCCCUGAUCCGACCUGUGAGGUGGUGGAUGACCCAGUGGAGGGGUGUGGAUGCACAUCAGAUUCUCACCUUAGCAACCAAGUGACCUGCAGCCCUCGCAUGCUGUGCAGCUGCCACCACCCAGGGGGCGACACACCUCCAGGUCCUGUGGUUAUCGGUGGACGCCAAUGCUUGUGUGAAAAUGGACAACUUCAUUGUCCUAAAGUUUGCAAUUGCACAGUGGGAAAGAUUUGUGUGGAUUGCGCACAAAUAGCAGUGGACACUGCCCAUAGGACAUGUGAAAGCUUGACCAAACCUGUAAGUGAUGAUAACAGCUGUAUCAGUGGCUGUUAUUGUCCAAAUGGCCUUUUCGAGGAUCAUAAUGGUGGUUGUGUGGCCCAUGAAAACUGCACCUGUGAAUUCAGCGGGAAGGUGUUUGAAACUGGCCAGAGCGUGGAGACCAACUGUAAAAUAUGCACAUGUAGAGGUGGUGAAUGGUCUUGUAUAGAUGAGGCAUGUUCAGGAGUAUGUGAGGUGUUCGGAAAUGGGCAGUAUCACACCUUUGACUCCAAAUGGUACAGAUUCGAUGGCCACUGUCAGUACACCCUAGUGAAGGACGCUGGUUCAACAGGGAAGUUUGCAGUCAAAACUGAGAGUGUUCCUUGUUGUGACGAGUCUUUGACAUGUUCCCGUGCCAUCUCAGUGGAGCUAUUGGGUGCAGUGACUCUGAUGUUGAGUGACAUGAAGGUAUAUGAGACUCAUCAGACAGGGGUUGCAUUGCUGGCAGAUCCCCUGUACUCCAUCCAAACUGUGGGCCUCUACAUCAUUAUCUCAGUUCCCAGCCUGGGGAUCACUGUAAUCUGGGACAAACAUACUAGGGUCACCAUCCAACUAGAGCCUCGGUGGAGAGGCAGAGUGUUGGGGCUUUGUGGGAACUUUGAUGGAAAGGUGACAAACGACCUUCUGACAAGCAGCUCCUCAGAAGUUUUCAGUGUUCUGGACUUUGGGAAUAGUUGGAAGACAGCAACUCCGCCAUGCUCAGAUGUAACCCAUGAAACAUUUCCUUGUGAACGACACUCCUACUGUGCAGCCUGGGCCCAGCGGCGAUGUAUGAUCCUGAGAUCGGACACCUUUAUUGAUUGCCAUUUGAAGGUAGAUCCAGAGCCUUAUUACCAAGCCUGUGUUUUGGAGUCCUGUUCUUGUGAGUUUGAGGGAAAGUUUCUUGGCUUUUGUACAGCUGUCUCAGCUUACGCAGAGGCAUGCAGUGCAAAGGACGUCUGCAUUAACUGGAGAACCCCAGAUUUGUGUCCGGUGUAUUGUGACUAUUACAAUGAAGUGGGCCAGUGCACCUGGCAUUACAAUCCUUGUGGCCAGGUUAAGACCUGUGGCACUGAUAACCACUUUACAGGAAAACUUGAAGGUUGUUACCCAAGAUGCCCUGAGGAGACCCCAUAUUAUGACAAAAACCUAGGAAAAUGCACCGCUUUGGACAAUUGCACUUGUACCUUCAUGAAUAGAGUGUUGUCACCUCCUCAUGAAAUGUGUACUUCUUAUAAAUGCUGUAAAUGCCUUGAUGGACAAUUAGUCUGCAGUUCUACAACUACAACUACAUCUUCAACUAUGACUGCAGUUAAUUACACAUCAACAGCUCAGCCAUCUACAACAAUAAUAACCCACACAGCCACAACACAACCACCAACAACUCGAAGCACAACACAAUACAUAAAACCAACAACACAAUACACAACGAAAACAAGAACUGAGAAGACAACAGAAUCUUCAACAAUUCCAAUUAAAGACACAACUACAACACAGCCACCACCAACUGAGAGCACAACAGAACACAAAACCACAACACGUCCAUCAACAACUGAAAGUACAACAAAAACAUACACAACUACGAUAGAAGAAACAACCACAACACAACCACCACCAACUGAGAGCACAACAGUACACAAAACCACAACACUUACAUCAACAACUGAAAGUACAACAGAAACAUACACAACUCCGGAGGAAGAAACAACCACAACACAACCACCAACAACUGAGAGCACAACAGAACACAAACCAACAACAGGUCCAUCAACAACUGAAAGUACAUCAGAAACAUACACAACUCCAGAGGAAGAAACAAGUACAACACAACCACCAACUGAGAGCACAACAGAACACAAAACCACAACACUUACAUCAACAACUGAAAGUACAACAGAAACAUACACAACUCCGGAGGAAGAAACAACCACAACACAACCACCAACAACUGAGAGCACAACAGAACACAAAACAACAACAGGUCCAUCAACAACUGAAAGUACAACAGAAACAUACACAACUCCGGAGGAAGAAACAACCACAACACAACCACCAACAACUGAGAGCACAACAGAACACAAACCAACAACAGGUCCAUCAACAACUGAAAGUACAACAGAAACAUACACAACUCCAGAGGAAGAAACAAGUACAACACAACCACCAACUGAGAGCACAACAGAACACAAAACCACAACACGUCCAUCAACAACUGAAAGUACAACAGAAACAUACACAACUCCAGAGGAAGAAACAAGUACAACACAACCACCAACUGAGAGCACAACAGAACACAAAACAACAACACGUCCUUCAACAACUGAAAGUACAACAGAAACAUACACAACUCCAGAGGAAGAAACAAGUACAACACAACCACCAACUGAGAGCACAACAGAACACAAAACAACAACAGGUCCAUCGACAACUGAAAGUACAACAGAAACAUAUACAACUCCGGAGGAAGAAACAACCACAACACAACCACCAACAACUGAGAGCACAACAGAACACAAACCAACAACAGGUCCAUCAACAACUGAAAGUACAUCAGAAACAUACACAACUCCAGAGGAAGAAACAAGUACAACACAACCACCAACUGAGAGCACAACAGAACACAAAACAACAACACGUCCAUCAACAACUGAAAGUACAACAGAAACAUACACAACUCCGAUGGAAGAAACAAGUACAACACAACCACCACCAACUGAGAGCACAACAGAACACAAAAUAACAACACGUCCAUCAACAACUGAAAGUACAACAGAAACAUACACAACUCCAGAGGAAGAAACAAGUACAACACAACCACCAACUGAGAGCACAACAGAACACAAAACAACAACACGUCCAUCAACAACUGAAAGUACAACAGAAACAUACACAACUCCGAUGGAAGAAACAAGUACAACACAACCACCAACUGAGAGCACAACAGAACACAAAACCACAACACUUCCAUCAACAACUGAAAGUACAACAGAAACAUAUACAACUCCGGAGGAAGAAACAACCACAACACAACCACCAACAACUGAGAGCACAACAGAACACAAACCAACAACAGGUCCAUCAACAACUGAAAGUACAACAGAAACAUACACAACUCCGGAGGAAGAAACAACCACAACACAACCACCAACAACUGAGAGCACAACAGAACACAAACCAACAACAGGUCCAUCAACAACUGAAAGUACAACAGAAACAUACACAACUCCAGAGGAAGAAACAAGUACAACACAACCACCAACAACUGAGAGCACAACAGAACACAAAACCACAACACUUCCAUCAACAACUGAAAGUACAACAGAAACAUACACAACUCCGGAGGAAGAAACAACCACAACACAACCACCAACAACUGAGAGCACAACAGAACACAAACCAACAACAGGUCCAUCAACAACUGAAAGUACAUCAGAAACAUACACAACUCCGAUGGAAGAAACAAGUACAACACAACCACCAACUGAGAGCACAACAGAACAUAAAACCACAACACUUACAUCAACAACUGAAAGUACAACAGAAACAUACACAACUCCAGAGGAAGAAACAAGUACAACACAACCACCAACAACUGAGAGCACAACAGAACACAAAACCACAACACUUCCAUCAACAACUGAAAGUACAACAGAAACAUAUACAACUCGAGUGGAAGCAACAACCACAGCAGCACAAUCACCCACCUCAGAAAGUACAACACAAUACACAGCACAUCCACCAACAAGUGAGAGCUCAACUCAACCAUCCAUACCAACAAAACAAUACACAACUGCAACUCAGCCAACUAUUAAUGCUACUACUUCAGUCAAAUAUAGCACUUCAGUGUCAACAGUGUCUACAACAGAUAUUAUAGUAUUCACUGGCUCUCCUAUCACCAAACUAAAUCCAACCUCACCUCAAGAAGUGCACACUACAGCUAAUUCUACAACUACAACCCCUUCUCUGACAUCUGUACUCAGUACUACAAUACCUACCACUGAACACACAACUCCAGUGUGUGAGUGCAAAGACGUGAUGCGAAAUCAAAGCUGGUUAUGUGAAGAAACUUGGAGAGAGGAUUGUGCUGAUAAAACCUGUAAAGCUGGAGUGAUUGAGGUAAAAUCCAUUACCUGUCCAACAUCCACAAUCAGGACUGAUUGCCCUAGAGACAAGAAGUCUUUGGUCAGAGAUGAAAAGACUUGCUGUGAGAGCUGGCAGUGUGACUGCCAGUGUCAGGUUUAUGGAGACCCUCACUACAUCUCCUUCCAGGGGAUCGCUUUUGAUUUCAUGGAUAACUGCACCUACACUCUAGUGGAGGAGCGAGCACUGCGCCACAAUUUAAGCAUUACUGUAGACAACUACUACUGCGUGGAGGACAUUGAUAAUUCCUGUUCUAGGGGAAUCACAUUAAAGUACAGGAAUAAUAUUGCCACACUUAUGGUAACAGAGGAGUUUACAGUAAAGUGUACUUUGAACCAGAAUAUUAUAAAACCACCUUAUGAAGAUCAGGUCUUCAAGUUUGAAAACAGUGAUAGCCAGGUCUACAUCUACAUCAAGCCUAUCCGUUCCUAUGUUUCCCUUUCACCUUUCAACACUCUGUUAAUCAACCUAGCAAUGGAGUACUUCCAAAACAACACCCAAGGACAGUGUGGUGUCUGUGGUGGGCAGUCGUGUACACGAAGAAACGGUGUUACUGAAGAUGACAACUGCUGUGAUAAGACUGCAUAUGACUGGGUUGUAGAAGACCCUCUGAAACCCUACUGCAAAUCUGUGCUCACCAAUGUUCCUUGUGGCUCUACAACUUCACCGCCAUUUACACCUACACCUAAGCCACCCUGCGAUCCUACAAUAUGUGACAUACUUCACCAUGAAGUGUUUGCAGAGUGUGGUGAAAGGAUCGAUCUCACGUUGGUAGAGAAGAAUUGCCAGUUUGACUACUGUUCAUACAAUAGUAGUGUUGGUGCCUGUUCCUCUCUGGAGUAUGCAGCUUCACAGUGCAAAAGGAUUGGUAUUUGCGUGGACUGGAGAUACCUUACCAAUGGCUCAUGCGAGAUCACAUGUCCGGAAGGAAUGAUUUACAACGAGUGUCGAAAGUCUCCAAAUGAUGUCUGUCGAGGCGGUGUUCGCGUGCCUGCGACCUCUGUGGUUGGUCUGAGAUCCGGCUGCUUUUGUCCAGAUGACAAGAUGCUUGCUGGAGAACACAAGCAAAUCUGUGUGUCUGAAUGCUCAACAUGCAAAGGGCCAUUGGGUGAGCCCAUGCCGGCGGGAGCAGUAUGGGAAUCAAACUGUCACAUAUGCACAUGUAAUAACCAGACUAGAACAGAAGAAUGCAUACCCAAAACUCGACAAACCGCUCCAGUCUGCAGCUCCUACUCCAUCCUGGUCUCUGACUGCUGUGACAAUCAGAUUUGCGUUGAGAAGAGUUGCGAGUUCAAUGGAAAGACUUACAAGGUGGGUGAUCGGUGGACAGACCCUUCACGUCCUUGCGAGUCUUUCAGCUGUAGUCAGACAGGAACUGAGGUUGAGAAAACCGUGUGUCCGGUGCAAACAUGUGCUGAGGAUUCACAAGUGUGGGAUGAACAUCAUUGCUGCUAUUCAUGCAAUGUUACAUGCAGUGCCCGACUGAUGAGAAUGAACCUUACCCUUGCUGACUGCACACAGGAAGUCGAGCUUCCCAUUUGUGAGGGCCAAUGUGAGACACACAACAGGUGGGUUCAUACUAACGGCACACUUCAGCUUGAACAGACUCACCAGUGCUGUACGGAGAGAAAUUAUGAGAUGAGAGAAAUCACGCUGACUUGCAGUGAAAACUCUCUGAACCACUUCACAUACAGACAUGUCACAGGCUGUGAAUGCAGUGUUGAAGGUUAAGUUUACCUGACAUACAAAUGUAUGAAAAUGUUAGUUACAUGUGAUUACCUUCAGUGUGUUUUGUUAAAUAUGCACAAUUAAUAAUUAGCUGCUGACAUGUGUGAUGAUUAAGUUUCAAGCCAAACUGACACAUUUCUGCCAAUUGUGCUUUUCAGCAUGUUUAAAAGUGAAUCAGCUUCAUUAACUAUCAAGUUGUCUGUGCCAAGAUCAAUGCUUUAUCUUUUGGUUUAUCUGUUUAAAUAAUAAUCACUAUUUUAUUUUGUUUUGUCAAAAACUAACUGCAAUUAUGUCCAAUAUAUUUCAGUUAUUACUUUAAUUUGAUCAGUUUUAUGUUUUCUUUGUCACAUAUGAAUAAUGUCAUGCUUGUGUGUCUGUAUUUUUAACAUGAUUUCACAAACAAAUCAAACUUGUGAUUGUAACCUGAUUUCAGGUGUCAAAGCCUCAAAGGCUUUUGUAAUGCACUUUAAGGAUUCAUAAUUCAUAAUAACCAUUAAUAAAAAAAAUGACACUUUUGGU